CAAUAUACAACCGAUAAUAAUCAAACAUGGCGAAAUGUAGCCUAGAUACGUGCCGAUGGACUAUGUUGUAUCUAGCUAUAAGUCUUUUGAUUCUUGUAUCCGAUGCUAAAAAUGUGGUUGUAAUGUUCGGUGAUGAUGCUGGUAUUCAGAUGGGAGCCUACAACAACCCAGUUUGUAAAACACCUAAUAUUGACGCACUAGCCGCUAAUGGAGUAACAUUUCGACAUGGUUUUACAUCAGUCAGUAGCUGUUCUCCUAGCAGAUCAGCUUUGUUAACUGGAUUACCACAGCAUCAGAAUGGUAUCUAUGGUUUGGCCUCAGGACGUUUCCACUUCAGUUCUUUUGAUAAUGUCAUCAGUUUACCUAAAAUAUUAGGCGAUAAUGGCAUCAGGACAGGUAUUAUUGGUAAAUAUCACGUACAACCAGAAUCUGUUUAUACAUUUGAUUUUAUGGAAACGGAGAGUACGAAUGAUAUGAACCAGAUUGGACGAAAUAUCACAUUUAUGAAUUAUCAGGUGGAACGAUUCCUUUCAUCUUAUGGAGACAAGCCAUUCUUCCUUUACAUUGCCUUCCACGAUGUUCAUAGAUGUCGCUCACCUGAGCCGUACGGAACAUUCUGUGAGAGAUUCGGAGAUCCGACAAAAAGUAACGGCAGUAUACCGGAUUGGAAACCGGAUUAUUAUGAUCCGAAAGAUGUCAUGUUAGAGAAAUAUGUUCCAGAUAAACCUGCUGCGAGACAAGACUUAGCUAAUCUUUAUACUAUCACUGGACGAAUGGAGAAGUCUGAUGCUUUAGUCAGCACAACAGAUGUGGUACCCACGGUUUUAGACUGGUUUGAUAUUCAGUACCCAUCAUGGAAACUCUUUGGUCAAAACGUCAAGCUCACUGGUAACUCACUACUUCCGGCUUUGUCUAAUGUAGAAUCUGGGGGGUAUGGCCAUGUCUUUGCCAGUCAUAAUCUCCACGAAGCUACCAUGUACUACCCAAUGAGAGUUCUUAGAACCAAAGACCUUCGACUUAUCCAUAACUUGAACUAUAUGGCUCCAUAUCCCAUGGCUGAGGAUGUUUUUAAUUCUCCAACUUUCAUGGAGCUUCUAAACAACACUGAAGCUGGUCUUAACACAGGCUGGAUUCGAUUCCUUGAGGACUAUUACUUUAGACAUGAAUUUGAACUGUUUAACGUCACUUCCGAUCCAUCUGAAUUAGUGAACCUUGCUGAAGAUCCUUCUUAUUACAACAUCUUAAAUGGCUUGAAAUCCAAGUUGAGUUCUUGGCAGGAAACGACGGGUGAUAUUUGGCGGUGUGAGCCAAGAGGUAUACUAGAAGCUAAUGGAAACUGUAUUUCAGCAGAUAACCACUUGAUUCGUAAAUACGCCGCUAAACUCCGUUGCAAUGUAAACACAUGCCAAUGAUAUUUAUAUAAAGUAAAAAUUUGUUGGUU